ACGCAAUGUUGUUGUUUCAGAAUCUGGGACAGUUAAAGUAAUUAACGAUGGUGUCACAAUUGCCCGAACCAUAGAGCUUCAAAAUGCUAUUGAGAAUGCAGGAGCAAUGCUAAUCCAAGAGGUCAUUGACACUAGCUGGAUUUUUCUCUUCAUAUUCAUUUUGUGCUCAAUAAAUUUAUUGUUGAACUUUAAGUGUUUGCAGGUUGCAACUAAAACAAAUGAUUUAGCUGGUGAUGGUACUACCACUGCAAUUAUUUUGGCUCGAGAGAUGAUCAAAUCUGGGUUGUUGGCUGUUGCUUUUGGAGCUAACCCUGUUUGCUUAAAGAAAGGAAUGGAUAAGACUGUAAAAGAACUGAUCAAAGUAUUGAAGAAGAAAAGCUUUCCUGUAAAAGGGAGGGAUGAUAUAAAAGCCAUAGCUUCGAUUUCUGGUGGAAAUGAUGAAUUCAUUGGGAACUUGAUUGCUGAAGCUAUAAAUAAGAUUGGCCCUGAUGGAGUAAUCUCUAUUGAAUCUUCCUCAUCAUCCGAAACUUCUGUGAUAGUUGAAGAAGGAAUGAAGAUAGACAAGGGCUACAUGUCACCCCAGUUCAUCACAGAUCAGGAGAGAUCUAUUGUGGAGUUUGAAAAUGCUAAAGUUUUGGUGACAGACCAAAAGGUAUCAACAGUCCAAGAGAUUGUUCCUUUACUAGAGAAGACUACCCAGCUGAGUGUCCCACUGCUAAUAAUUGCUGAGGAUAUAUCAAGGCAAGUUCUGGAGACACUGGUCGUGAAUAAGGUGCGAGGUGUGCUUAAUGUUGCUGUAGUUAAAUGCCCAGGGUUUGGAGAGGGAAAGAAAGCACUGUUGCAAGAUAUUGCUCUGAUGACAGGUGCUGAUUUUCUCUCUGGAGAUUUAGGCCUGACCCUUGAGGGUGCAACCUCUGAUCAGCUUGGUAUUGCACAAAAAAUAACCAUAACAGCUAACUCUACAACUAUUGUUGCUGACUCUUCUACUAAAGCUGAAAUUCAAGCAAGAAUUUUGCAGAUAAAGAAGGAUCUUGCCAACACAGAUAGCUCAUAUCUGUCAGGAAAGCUCUCAGAAAGAAUUGCAAAACUCUGCGGUGGUGUAGCUGUUAUUAAGGUAGGAGCUCACACUGAGAUGGAACUCGAGGAUCGAAAGCUAAGAAUUGAGGAUGCAAAAAGUGCCACAUUUGCUGCCAUGGAUGAAGGUAUAGUGCCCGGUGGCGGGUCCACAUAUGUUCACCUCUUAGAAGAGAUUCCUGUCAUAAAGAAGAACCUGGAAGAUCCAGACGAGAAGAUUGGUGCUGACAUUGUAGGGAUGGCUCUUCUUGCACCAGCAAAAAUAAUUGCAGCUAAUGCUGGAGUAGAUGGGGAUGUAGUUGUUGAGAACAUUAGUGCUUCUGAUUGGCAAAUCGGAUACAAUGCAAUGACUGGCACCUUUGAAGACCUUCUUGCCGUUGGAGUGAUUGACCCUUCUAAGGUUUCAAGGUGUGCACUUCAAAAUGCAGUCUCGGUUGCGGGUAUUGUCCUAACAACUCAAGCUGUAUUGGUGGAGAAAACCAAGCUUCCCAAGCCACCUGUUCCUCUUGUUCCUGGAAUAUCUCCUUAGUAAUUAGGGACAAAUUGGAAACAUCAAAAGCACCAUCAAAAGCUGGAGAAAAAAGCUGACCGAGCUGGUUUUUGCCAUGGUUUGUCAAGAUCUAGCAUGCAAGCCUGGUUGUUGGGUGGGGACUCACUUAGAGGAUUGGCAAAUGCUCCCCUCAGUCUGUGCAAAGCCACCAAAAUCAAGUUAGUUAUCCUGAGUUUUUGGGUUGUGAUAGCAUGACUUGCCAGUCAUAUGAAAUGAUAUAUCCUCAUGUGGUUGUUACUGGUCUGUCUUCUUGGCUCUUGCAGUGGAUGGGAAAAAGUUCCGAUGGUUCCCAGGACUUUGGGGAAUUAUUUCGCGUAUGUCUCUUUGGAUAGUUUGUGGUUUCUCUGUGUCAGGUUUUAAAAUACGAACAACCCAGGCAAAGUGCCUUUGCAUUUUGCUCUGUACUCAAAAAAUCCAAAGAUAGCUGAACAACAUUGACAAUGCAAGGGGAUGGUAGGUCUUUACGAAAUUGCGAUUAAUUGUUUUAUCUUUAUUUAAUUUGGGUUUCGUUUGAUAACACUCUAUGCAUGUAUUUUUUGUUUUUCUACUAGAGAUUUUUAAGGUACUGCUCGCUCGGUAUGCAUUUUGCUGCUUAUACUUCUUUUCUUGUUAAAGUUUGUUUCUGUUGUCCAAG